AUGGAGAAAUUCUUGAGGGAAUGGAGGCAGGAUGCCUACAACAAGGCGCAGUACGAUUCGGCCAUUUUCAUCGGGGACAAGCUCCUGGCCCUAACAAAUGAUGACAAUGACGCCUUUUGGCUGGCGCAGGUUCACUUUGCGACCGGAAACUACACUCGUGCCCAGUCCUUCCUUUCCAAACAGGAUCUCGUGAACCGCAAUCCGUCAUGCCGCUACCUCGCUGGUCACUGCUUCAUCAAACAGUCACGGUACGACGAGGCGCUCGCCGUGCUUGGCGAGCGAAACCCUACGCACCUCAUAGCGAACGCGGCCAACAAGCGCAAAACUCAGAAGGGGCCGGGCAAGUCAGACAGGCCGAAUCGCCGACAGGAUGGCUCGGAUGAAGAGGCGGCUAACAGGCGCUUCGAGGCGGCCAUGUGCUUCCUGCGCGGCAUAUGCUACGCCAAGCAGAACGCUUUUGACCGGGCAAAGGAGUGUUACAAGGACGCUGUUAGGAUCGACGUCCAGUGCUUCGAGGCGUUCCAGCAGUUGAUGAAGAACUCGCUGAUGUCGCCCGACGAGGAGUGGCAGUUCCUGGAGUCGCUAGACUUUGACUCGAUCCAUGUCCCAGGGGAUUCGUCCUCGUCGCAGGAGGCCGCAGAGUUCACCAAGAUGCUCUAUACGACGAGGCUAUCCAAGUACAGGAACCCGAGCUCCUUCACUACUGCAUGCGAAACCCUCUCGACUCAUUACAACCUUGGCACGAACCCCGACCUACUGCUUGCGAGGGCUGACCUACUCUACACGCAAUGCAAGUACAAAGAUGCCCUUGCUAUUACGGAGUCGAUAUUGCAGGACGACAAGUAUAACUUCAGCGUGUACCCUCUCCACCUGGCUUGCCUGUACGAGCUCAAGAUGAAGAAUGUCCUCUUUCUCGUCGCCCACGAUCUGGCCGACAGCCACCCGGAGGAGCCAUCUACGUGGCUUGCAGUAGGAACAUACUACUUCGCCAUUGACAAGAUUGCAGAGGCCCGCCGAUAUUUCAGCAAGGCUAGUAUGAUGGAUGCCCAUUUUGGCCCGGCCUGGAUCGGCUUCGCCCAUACCUUCGCAGCCGAGGGCGAGCACGACCAAGCCAUUUCAGCGUAUUCAACAGCAGCCCGUUUAUUCAUGGGAACACACCUACCCCAAGUCUUCCUGGGCAUGCAAAAUCACGCACUCAACAACAUGACAUUGGCAGAUGAGUUCUUAAAAACAGCAUAUGGCCUCUGCAAAACAGAUCCGCUGCUACUGAACGAGAUGGGUGUGGUCUACUAUCACCAGGACCGGCCACUCGAUGCUGUGAAACUAUUUGUCCGAGCCCUUGAGGUGGCUGAGGACAUUGAUUCGGAACCGACAGCCUGGCUGGCCGCGCGCACGAACCUUGCCCAUGCUUACCGCCGCGCCAAGCAGUAUCCUGAAGCAAUGGAGCAGUUUGACGAGGUUCUACGGCUCGGCGGUAAAGACGCCGCAGUCUUCUCGGCCAAGGGGCUGGUCUUCAUGGAGUUGGCGCAACCCGAAGAGGCUAUCGUGGUCUUGCAUCAGGCCCUGGCCAUUAACCCACAAGAUCCCAUUGCUACGGAGCUCCUCAAUAAGGCCUUGGAGGAAGCCGCGGGGAUGGAGCCACCUGUAAGUGAAGCACAGGAGGAGGCGUUGGAGGGUUUCGAGAGAGAGAUAGCCAGGCUGCAUGGGCCGAAGCAACCCCGGAAUCCUAAGGUAAAGGAGAAAGGCAAGGGGGUUAACUUUUUUAACAGAAACAAGACGAGGAUCAUGGGCCCUGGCGUGCUCUCUGACGAUGUCGAGAUGGAUGCAGCUGAGUAA